AUGGAAAAUAUUGCAGUAGGUGCAGAAUAUUACGCAUCAUCACGUCGUAAGCGUUUUACACGUCGUCAACGACGUAAUUUAACUGACGGAAUUUGUGGAGAACGUACAUCGAGAUCAACCUCCGCUUUAAAUAAAGUGCACAAAAUAGAAUAUACAACAAGCAGCAGUGAUAGCGACAACAUCAGAGAGCAAAGAAAACGAUCGAAUCAAUUAGCAACAACAAGGAAGAGGGGUCAAUCAACAACCGCACGUGGCGUAACAUCACCAGCGGAAGCAGCCUUCCUUUCACUGAGGCAAAAUUAUGUUUAUUCCAGUUUGCUUACCCGAUCGACAACAGAAAUUUGCUGCAAAUCAACUUCAACACGGGUAUCAACAUCCAACGAACCUGUUGAUACAUUCCACAAAUUUAAAGGACCAGCAGCUCGAAAAGCUCAUCGUCGUACACUUCGAUAUAAAUUGAAUUUAUUCGCCAAUAAUCAACUGGAAACGAAAGCAGGAUCACAAGCAGGAUUGGAUAUUCAUACUAACAACACACAGCCGGAAAAAGAUACGCGUAUUCGGCGUUCGAUGUCUGUCCGGGAGUUGAACGGAACGAUGAUCGACUUUACUAAUCAAGAUUCUGUUACCAGGUGGACAUCGCAAAUUCUCGCCGAAAUAGACUCAUUGCCGUCUAGUAGUUUUGAUUUAACCGGACAGCCAACUUCGCAAUCAUCACCUUUUAUCAGUACUGGUACUUCCGCUGCUAUUACUGAUAUCAUUAGCUCUAUUACUGAUACUAAUAUAUCAAGUCCGAAUAAUCCAGAAUGUGAUCCAUUAGAGCGAAAUAUACAAUCGCCAUUAGAAAAUGACUCAAAUAUUUCAUUCGAAAUGGGUGUAAUGAAUUCGACGCUAUCAGCGCAAUCUCAUGAUAACAAAUCGCAAAGUGGUUAUUGGACGCAGAAAAUUGCAUCGAAAUCCAGUCCCAGUCGUUUUGCAAAAUUUCAGAAAAGAAAUUCCCUUAAAAAAGACAUUUGGCAUCAAUCAGCGGACAUUCCUGAAACUUCCUGUACAGCACAAAUAGUACUAACAGCGCGGCCAUCGAAUCGUCGCAAACAAUCUGCACAUGCGGUCGUUAUCAGCGCGCCAAAAAAUCCGAAAAGAUCAGAAGAAGUCCAUUUUUUAUCACCAAGAUUUGGUAGCAAUAAUGAUAGAGCAAAUUUGCAAAAUCAUAUCAAUCCUAAGAAUAAAAGUAGCAACAAUGAAUCAUCACGUUUGUGGCGUUUCUUGUCCCGAAAAAAAUAUUCAUCAUUCAAAAAAUAUCUAAAAUUGCAUCAAAAGAACGCUCCAACGAUCGAAAUCAUUUCUGAUACCGAAGUUUCGGGAUUUGGCACAGGAGAUCUACCGGUAUUUACGAGUGUCGAAAAUCACUUUUCUGAAUGUAACUCGGAACCAAAGUGGAAGAAUAGCGAAAUAGAAUCAAAUGACGGCUUACCGGUACCUAGAACUAGUUUACCUCUAACUAUGGAUAUGAAACCAUACCAACGUUUCUCACGAAUGCCAAAUUCAGUCCAUGGACAAUUAUCUGGUUAUACGACCUCAAAUGAUAUGCAAUGGCGAAGAAAUAUUGAUGGAGCUAAUGCGAAAAACAGUAGUGAUGUACGUGUCGGUAACCGCACAUGUUUCUCUAUGGAAAGUAUCGAUUUGGCAAAAGAGAGCGCUACUUAUGAUAGAUUAAAAUUCUUGGGUGAAACAAAGAAGAUUCAACUUGUUGAUGAGACACCAUCUUCGCUUACCGUUUGGAAACGAAGGGUCUUUAUUGCUAUAAUAACUAACCGUUUAUGCUUACUGAAGUGA